AUCGUCAUAUCUCCAGGCGGCGUCGUCAGGCCCUUCCGCCGUCGUCACGCAACCGAGCUCGGCACGCGGCAACAGCCGCCUCCACACAGCGCCUGCAACCUCCUCCUGCCCACCCAUGGCCGCCGCUCGUCCCGGCAAUCUCAGCGAAUUGGAGCAGAAAUGGCAUAACGGCGGCGGGCCUGCGUGUGUGCUUGGCGUCGGCACAGCCAACCCAGCCAACUGCGUUCGGCAAGAUGAGUACACUGACUGGUACUUCCGUAUCACCAAGAGCGAUCAUCUUACGCACACCAAAGCAAUCAUGAGGAAAACGUGUGAGAAGAUGAUGGUAAAAAAACGCUACUUGCAAGUCAAUGAGGAGCUCUUCAGUGUGCACCCCGAGUUCUUGGACCCUGCAGCUCCAAGUCUGCAAGGCAAGCUAGCUGUCGUGGCCGGUGCCAUGCCAGGGCUUGUGGCUGCUGCCGCAGAGAAAGCCAUUGCCGACUGGGGCCGCCCGGCCGGAGACAUCACCCACCUCGUCUUCGCCACCAGUUCCAGUGCCCAGCUGCCUCACAUUGACCUCCGCAUCGCUGCCCUUCUCGGGUUAAGCACCACUGUGCAGCGCACGGUGAUCGGCUUUCACGCCUGCAGCGGCAGCUCCGCCGCGCUCCGCGUUGCCAAGUACAUCGCCGAGAACAACCGCAGCGCGCGAGUCCUCGUCGCUUGCGCGGACAUGUGGAGCGUCAUGGAUAGUUACGUAGUUCCUAACGUAGACCACCGCUACGGAAUUAUUGGCCACGCCUUUAUCGGUGACGGUGCCGGCGCAGUUGUCGUCGGAAGCCGACCACAGGAACCCGUUGAGCGCCCAAUCUUCGAGAUGGUAUCAGCGUCGCAGGCCACGGUGCCCGGCUCGGAGCGGGCGGUUGCCGUCGAGCUCACCAAUUGUGGCCUGGAGUAUCGCCUCGAGUUUGGAGAUGUGGCGGCGGAGGUCGGUGGCAACAUCGAGCGGUGCCUGCUUGACGCGCUGUCGCCGUUGGGCAUUGGUAGUGUUGGCUGGAAUAACCUCUUCUGGGUGGUGCACCCGGGUGGCCCCAGGAUCAUGGACACCUUCACGGCGGCUCUCAAGCUACAGCCCGAGAAGCUGUCUGCCAGUCGGCGUGUGCUUAGGGAGUACGGCAACAUGACCGGCCCGACUCUGAUCUUUGUCCUCGACGAGGCUAUACGCCGUCGCCAGCUCGACCACGAGGAGGGGAGCUGCGAGUGGGGGCUCAUGGUGGGAUUGGGCCCGGGGUUCACCAUUGAUGUAAUGGCAUUGCGUGCGUGCAGUGGUAAAUCCACACCAACACCAAGAAUCAAGAGUAGUCUGUAAGGGAGAGCCAGAACUCAGAAGCGGCCCUUUGGUUGUCUGUUUGUCAGUGCGUUUGUACGUGUCUUCAUCCCAAUAAAAUAAAUAAAUAACUGUGGUUUGGCUUUGUGGCA